GAAGGAUAAAUUCCUAGGCCAGUGUUCUGCUGACCCAGGUCCAGACAACCAGACAACCCACCCAUGGCUCCCUGAGAUCUGUCCACUGCUUGCCUGCAUGAGGAGACCAGCCCAGCCUGACAGAGUCCAGAAGCUAAGGGUCACUGCAGUGUCUCUGCCAGCCUCACCAUGAACCUGGAGCUACCCAAGGGUGAGAUUCGGUCAGCCACACGGGUGAUAGGAGGACCAGUCACCCCCAGGAAAGGACCACCUAAGUUUAAGCAGCGGCAAACAAGGCAGUUCAAGAGCAAGCCCCCCAAGAAAGGCGUGCAAGGGUUUGGGGAUGACAUCCCUGGAAUGGAAGGCCUGGGGACAGAUAUCACCGUCAUCUGCCCUUGGGAGGCCUUUAACCACCUAGAGCUGCACGAGCUGGCCCAGUAUGGCAUCAUUUAGUCAGAUCCCUGCUACGUGAGCCCUGGGGAAGAAACCUGCUGAAGACCUACUCCACCCCACUACCCUCUGUAAACCCUGUCCAGGACCCCUGCCCAAGCCUGAGCCUGAGCCCCUAGCCAGGUUACCCUGGCCUCCCCCGGGACAACCUCAGGCCCUGACACCAGCUACUGAGAGCCUACAGCCUCCCACAGGACACCCUGUUGACCUGAAGUCACUGGUCAGCAGAAAGAAGGGAGUGGGACCCAGCCCCAUCUCCUGUCCUUCUUGUGGCUGUAAUGUAGGGCUCCCCAUUGUUCCCCUAAACUGCCUUCUGAGAGUGAGAAAGUUCCUCUGUCUUGCAGCCCUUCCAGAUGGGUGUCUUGGUGUGGGACACUGUCCUGGGGUGAUGUGGCAAGAGAGACUAAGCAACUCCAUCCAUUAUAACAACCUUCCCAACAUACUCUUGUCCCUUGUCCCUAUUUCAAAAUAAAAUCAGCAUGUCCUUGCA